AUGACAAGGUUCUGCAAGUCGCGGCGUUGGUGUUUAGUGGGCAGCGUGUUGGCGGCGCUGUUCGCGGGCGCGCUGGUGGCCGUGCUGGUACUGCAGCCGUGGACCGGCCCUGACCACCCGCGUUUCCCGCGUGCUACCGUCGUCGCCAAUGGCCAUGAAUGUGCUUCAAUUGGACGGGAAAUCUUGGAUAGAAAUGGUUCAGCAGUAGACGCAGCGAUAGCCACUCUCUUCUGUGAGGGGAUAGCUUGUGCACAAUGCAUGGGACUCGGCGGAGGCUUUCUAGCCACAGUGUACGACGCGUCCACAGGCCAGGUGCGAGUCAUGAACGCGCGAGAGAGAGCACCUGCCGCCACCCAAGAGAACAUGUACGCCAACGCUUCAUCCACCGUGGGAGGCCUCGCCGUCGCCGUGCCCGGAGAACUUCGUGGAUACGGAGCUCUUCAUCGAGCUUAUGGACGACUGCCCUGGCGCGAACUCGUCGCACCGACGGCCGACCUCAGCCGACGCGGUCAUCUGGUCAACGCUUACAUGGCUCGGGCCCUCAAGUCCUACAGCGACAGAAUCAAGGCCGAGCCAUCAAUGCGGGAGCUCUACGUGAACGAGGCGACGGGCGAGGUGUGGAACGAGGGCGACUAUAUCAGAGAACCAAUAUUGGCCCGAACAUUGGACAUUAUCGCCGAGGAGGGCCCCGAGGCGAUACACAAUGGUUCGCUUACGGCGCGGCUCGUACAAGAUAUCCAGAGUCACGGUGGAAUCAUUACAGAAGACGACCUCAGGAACUUCAAGGUGGAAUGGCAAGACCCUAUCGAAGUGCCAAUAACAGACGAUUACACGUUGUAUUCCGUCCCUCUGCCGGGCUCCGGGUCGGUACUGGCCUUCAUUCUGAACAUGCUGCGAGACUGGGUAGGAGAUGGUACAGUAGCAACCACAGGAUCCACCCUCUACUGGCACCGCGUCGUCGAAACCUUCAAGUACGCGUAUGCAAAACGAACAGGCCUCGGCGACCCUUCACGCUCUAACCUUAACUACGAUAUACGAGAGUUGGAGCGUAAUCUUUCUAACGCUGCCUGGGCCAGAGCAUUCCGAGCCCGCGUAAACGAUACGAGAACAUAUUCGGACUGGGAGCACUACGGAGCAUCAUUCCAAGGAGCUGACGACCACGGAACUGCCCACAUCGUGGUCGUCGCCCCCGACGGCAGCGUCGUUUCCGCCACUAGCACCGUUAAUUAUAUUUGGGGUUCUCAGAGGCGAUCGCAAAGCUUGGGCUUUCUGUUGAACAACGAGAUGGAUGACUUUGCCAUACCAAACCGUGAGUCAGCGUACGGUUUGCCUCCAUCUCCAGCGAACUAUUUGUCGCCGGGACUUCAGCCGCUGAGCUCUAUGGUACCGUGUAUUGUGAGGUCGAGAUCAGGCAGAGUCGACCUGAUCCUUGGGGCUGCUGGAGGAACAAAGAUAACCACCCAAGUGGCCCUGUUGACAAGGCACACAAUAUUGGAGGGCCAAGAUAUAUUGGACACAAUUCAAAGGCCGCGACUACAUCAUCAACUGUUACCUAUGGAAGUGCAACAUGAGGCUGACUUUGAUCCGUCAAUAAUAGCAUCUCUACGAAUAAAGGGUCAUGCAACUACAGAGCUGGGACCGACCGCCGGCUUCGCUGCCAUGGUAGCUGCCGCCCGAGACUCUUCAGGUUUUUUGGUACCUGCGACAGAUCACAGACGACCUGGCAGUAUAGACGGAUUCUAA